CGCUGCGAUUGGCCGUCGCCGAAGCCCCGCCCCCGUGUUGUUGUCCGGAGCGGAGAGAAGAUGGCGGCGGCCGCUGUGAAGGGGAUCGGGGCCGGGCUGGGCCGCGGCCUGCGGGAGCUGCGCAUCCACCUGUGCCAGCGCUCGGCCGGCAGCCGCGGCGCCAGAGACUUCAUCGAGCAGCACUACGUGACCCUGAAGAAGGCGAACCCGGAUUUCCCCAUCCUGAUCCGCGAGUGCUCGGGGGUGCAGCCCAGGCUCUGGGCUCGCUACGAGUUUGGUAAGGAGAAGAGCGUGUCACUGGACAACCUCACUGUGGACCAGGUAGCCAAGGCCUUGGAGGACAUUGUGAAAAGCAAAGCAUGAAGACAGACAGUAAACAUGCGUGUGCUGAAGACAUGACUGAUGAUCUUUACUGUGUAACGUGUCUCUUUAACUUAUCAAUUGUAUAAAUGCAACGUGCUUACCCUGG